GACUUAUCUUGACAGUCGGCGCGUCGGUCCUUCAGGCACAGGGCGGAGCUUGAAUAUUGAACUUGCUACUGUUUGUCUGCAGUGAUAUCAUAACACUGCAAUAUGAAGACGCGCUCAUAUGACCGCCACCCUUCUCCAUCCCUGGGCAAGACACAGGUGCUGUAAACUGGGGCAAGCUUCAGGCAUGGGGAAUAAAAGGAGGAGGAAGGAUGCCAGCUGAGCCCCUCAUCCCUCUGCAUCUGCUGCCAGCUUCAGACUAAAGACAGGGACGGAAAAUGGCUCAGUCUGUGAGGAGGCCAGAGACUUUAGCAGCCAUGGACCACGAGCCCAAGCGGGACAAGAGCAGGACCGGCUACUUUGGCAACGUUAAGAGCAGGCUGGGUUCCAAGCUUCCUCCUGGCGUCUCUCAGCCUCCACAGUUCGCUAAGCGUCCCUGGGAGACUCAGCCUCAGGCUCGAGCGAUGCAGGAGCCCGCGGCCGGCAGCCAGCGUCAGCACCAGCCUGUCGUCGGCCGCCCUCUCAACCACAUCCCCCACAUCAGAAACCCCAAGCUGCGGCAGUACUACCUGCAAGGGACUUCAUGGGACAUGAACAAUACUGCAGUGAAGCAAGAAAACAAGGGUGGACCAUCAGAUGACAGCACAAACAACAGCACGGGUCUCCCCGGGGACACGGUGUUCAGCGUCUCGUCCCAGUUCAGCAGUAACGGUCCGCCCUCAGCAGAAGAGAGCAGGAUGGGCCAGUGUCCCUCCUCUAACUCUUCGAAUUUAUUCUCCUCAUCUGCUGCCCUCAUCCCCAGAGAGCAGCUGGUUGUACCGAAGGGAAAAAACGCUUCUACCAGUCAAGGAUCGUCUCAGCCGGGGCAGAACUCAGACUCUGAUCCUAAAGAGAGGCCAGAAGCGGAGGUGGACCGAGACUGUUUGGAUUCACUGCCCGCUCCACCACACUCCCCCUCACCAGAGGCAGAAUAUGACAAACUACUGGAUGUGGAGGCGGUGCCGAUGCCUGAUGGACAGCUCUGCUUAUUGGCUCUCCCACCAGAGUGCUGUCAGGGGGAGGGACCAGAGGCCUUGCCGUACCUCAAACUGUUCUGUCGCUACAUCACUGACCGCAAGGGUGUAGUUUCCGGGAUCCUGUUGGUGACUUCUAACAAGAUCUUCUUUGACCCAUGUAAGACACUUCCUCUGGUGAAGGAGCAUGGCUGUGAGGAGUACCUCCUGUCGUGCUCUGUUGACAAUCUGGCAUCUGUCUCCUUCUUCUCUGACAUCUCACACGUUCACUUCAACACCUCCCAGCAGAGGAGAAAAGGAAAGAAAAUUUUCCAGAAGUUGAAAACCGCCAAAAGCCGAGCAGGCGGUUUCCCAAACCACAAGGGGGAGUCGGUUCCAGCUCUGGUGUCUGCAGCUUCGUCAGAUUUGUCCAGCCUGGCUCUGAGCCUGACCAAAGAGGUUUCCGGAAGCGAGGAGGCAGAGAGCAGAGACAUGGCGGCGGCAGAGCGGGAGCUCGAUAGCAGCCCUCCGGAGGUGCUGUCUGAGGCGUCUGUUGGAGGCCUGGCCGUCCUGAGCAGUGCUGCCACCUUCUGCUGCGGAGGUCAAGAGGCAGCGGGUAAAGUGAAGACGGAGCUGCUGCACACUGAUGCCAUCAAUAAGUCUAACAUGAAGAGUGCAGUGCCUCGUAGAUCCUCAGCAGGUAGCCCCGGGAGUCUGAUGUUUGUGCGCCUGCGGGUUCAGCCGUCUGCAGGAAAGAAAAAGGGUGUAGGAGGCCUUCACCUGGGGUCAGCCAGAACCUUACCCCGGAGGGACGCCUGGCUCGCCCUUUCACAAGAAAGCUCCGACGAGCUCUAUGCCUACCUAACGCACUGUCGGCCAGACUUGUGCAUACUUGAGGGAGGGGAGGAGGAAGGCGGGGAGGCGGACCGUGACGAAGAGGAGUUUGUGCUAAUUGAGGACAAAGAAGAGGAGGAAGAGGAAGACGAGGAGGAGGAGGAGGUGUUCCAGAGGCACCGCAGCACAGGGGACGACUGGGAGAUGGUGUUGAUGGAGGAUGGCGGGGACAAGCCGACCCUGGUCAUCGACCGGGACCCUGACGGACUCAGUAAUAUCGUAGAGAGCAGCCACAUUUUGGAAGCUGCACAUGUUAGAGAGUUAUGUAAGGAGCUUCCCCCCAGGACCGUCGGCCACACCUGGCAGCUGGCUUACAGCACGUCCCGUCAUGGCGCCAGCCUCAAGUCCCUCUACAGAAAACUGGGUGCCACAGACUCCCCUGUGCUUAUAGUUAUCAAGGACGCACUUGAUGAGAUAUUCGGGGCCUUCCUCUCUCACCCUCUGAGGCCCAGUGAGACCUUCUAUGGCACAGGAGAAACGUUUCUCUUCAUGUUGCACCCUCGCUUCAAGAGCUUCAGAUGGACUGGAGAAAACUCUUUCUUCAUAAAAGGAGACUUGGACUCCUUUGCCAUUGGUGGAGGCAGCGGUCACUUUGGUCUGUGGGUGGAUGAAAAUUUGUACCUGGGCCGCAGCAGCCCCUGCUACACUUUCAAUAACUGCUGCCUCUCAGAAACUGAUGACUUCCGAAUCAUGGAGCUGGAGGUGUGGACGUUCGGCUGAGGGAGCUCUGGGCGAACGCUGAUUUUCUCCUCCACUCACCUCUGAUCGGCUUUAUCAAGACAGCAUUUAUCGCUGAGCAAAAACACAAGCAGCUGCUCGCUCAUUUCAUGGUAACAUCCAUGUCAAAAAAGAAAAAAAAAAAAACAACAUCAAGUACAAACUGCUGGAUUUGUCCGUGUAAUUAAGUGCUGUGGAUUUUCAUGAACUGAAAUGAACCGAAUGAGGCUGAUCCUGAACAGCUCGCUGUCCCAGAGUGGGAUCUAAUGGUGGAUUGUUUCACGGUUGACUCAUUCCUGUGGGUUUGGCAACCAAACUGAGUUCUGCUGUAGUGAGUAGAGCUGAACUGUUAUGAAACUGGAUUCUUUGAAUCCUCAUUUUUGAAUGGAGCAGGUUACACAUCUCAGAAACUGCACUUUGCUCUUAAUGUGAAUCAGUAACUUUAUCUCAUUAUUUAUCAUGUGAACAUGAUGGUACACCUGUCUUCAUAAGUAAUGCAUCCCACUUUUCAUACAGCUGUGUUCAGCUAAUGCUGGACCUUUGAAACACACUUUAGUCUUCUUAUGAAUGGAUUUCUAACCUGCACGUGUACAGCAACAACAGUCCCAUUAAUGCAUUUGUUUUCUCAGUCACCAUUCAUCUCUAUGGGGUUUUUGUCAUUCAGGGUCACAGAGAGUAUAAAUCAACACUGAAAAUAAUCAUGAGAACAAUCAGAGCUCCACUUUUAGAAAAGCUUCCCAGUUGAGAAACAUCUGUACUUGCAGUGAAUCUUAAAAGCCUCAUUCAUGACUAUUCUGAAUGUGAUGACUCAUACACCACCGUGGUUUCUGAACAUGAAACUUAAGGCUCGAUUAUUACUGCAAAUUAAUGCAAUUUUGUCAUUGAACUGUAUUCGUGACAUGCUCUCACUCUGAUACCCUGAUCUACUUUGCUUACAUUGUAUAGUAUUGUAGAUUAGUUAAUAAAAAUCAGCACAAUGUGAAAAUUACAAAACA